UGUGCAGGUAAACAUUGAGAUCAUGGGCCCUACAAUAACAGCAACACUCCACAUAUUGGGGCUAUUAUUAUUCGGAGGAGCCUGCAUUGGCAACAAAGAUCCCUGGUGCUAUGACCGACCACAUUGCGGCCCAAAAACAUGGUCAUCUCUUGGUAAAUGCAAUGGCAAGAAUCAGUCUCCCAUCAAUAUCGUAACCAAGAAAGCCAUAUCUGAUGACUGCUUGGGUCCAAUUAAUUUUUCUGGCUAUGAAGACCGCAAGAGGCCGUAUGUCCUUAAGAACACAGGGCAUUACGCUGAAAUUGCCAUGAAAGAUGGAGCUACUAUUUCUGGGCCAGGCCUUCCAGCAAUCUACUCCCUGAAGUCCUUCCACUUCCACUGGGGUACCUACCAUCACAAAGGCUCUGAACAUGCAAUCGACGGCCUGAAACACGACAUGGAGCUCCAUAUAGUUCAUACUAAAAACAACAUGACACUCGAGGAAGCGAAAAAGGACCCCCAGGGACUUGCUGUCCUGGCCUUCUUCAUAAAGAAGUCCAAUGAGGCCCCCAGUGUCAAUACCUGGAAGACUCUAGCAGACCUCCUGGAAAAGAUCCCAGAGAAAGGAAAUGCUGUGAAUUUGGAUGGACAGUUCUCCUUGGGAGGGUUAUUGAAGGUGGCAGAUGUGAGAAGCUACUACCGCUACUUUGGCUCCCUCACAAGUCCUAACUGCAGCGAGACCGUGACCUGGAUUGUCUACCCUCAGCCAAUUGAGGUGACUCACAAAACGCUGAAGAAAUUCACAGAUUCACUCUAUUUCACCACUAUAGCAGAAGGCAGGAAGAUGCAGAAGAAUUAUCGUCCUCUGCAACCACUGAACAACCGAAAAGUCGGUUACUUCACAGAAAGCAAACAUGGACAUCCUUACCCAAAACACUGCUCAGCCUCCGGGGAGUUUUGAACCAACAGGAAUAUGUCUUAUGUGUGAGUGAGGAUGCACAUGUAUGUCGCAGCAUGACAACCGAUUCCAUGUUUUCAGAUCAUCCAAAGAAACACAAACUUACAUCCAUCGCAACUCUAUUAUGAAUCGUGCCCACCUAUGUUUUGCACAAGGGCUCUCUCAAAUCCAUGGAAGAAAGAGGUUUGCUUCAGUAUGGAGAGUGCCUUCUCUUUCACCUCUAUUUUGUUUUGGUGGAGAAAGGUCAUGACUAUAUUUUUGCACAACAUUAAAAUACCAGUAUUAUCACAUA